UCACAAUCAGUUGUGGAAGACGCCAUUUGCUUCUGACAUUUUUCCAAUUUCGUCGAGAUUUGCGCGCUAUCGAAGUACGAAAUUGCCGGUAAAAUUUUAGAAAGUUUCUAAAUCGCAUUUUUCACGAUGCCUACUGACCCAAAAGCUUUUAUAAAGGAUUUCCUGGCUGGCGGAAUAUCUGCCGCAGUGGCCAAAACGGCCGUAGCGCCCAUAGAACGGGUAAAGCUGCUUUUGCAGGUACAGGCUGCCUCCAAGCAAAUUUCUGAAGCUCAAAAAUAUAAAGGAAUAAUCGACUGCUUUAUUCGUAUUCCAAAGGAACAAGGGUUCCUUAGCUAUUGGAGAGGCAAUUUGGCUAACGUUAUCAGAUACUUUCCCACACAAGCAUUAAAUUUUGCAUUUAAAGAUACUUACAAAAGGUGGUUUCUGGAUGGGGUUGACAAAAAGACCCAAUUCUGGAGAUACUUUGCUGGAAACUUGGCAUCUGGAGGAGCAGCGGGUGCUACCAGUUUAUGUUUUGUGUAUCCUCUAGAUUAUGCUAGGACCAGACUGGGUGCUGAUGUCGGAAAAACCACCAAAGAACGUCAAUAUCAUGGAAUGAUCGACUGUAUAGUAAAAACUUUUAAAUCUGACGGACUGAUGGGUUUAUACCGCGGAUUCAACGUGUCAGUCCAAGGCAUAAUCAUGUACAGAGCGGCCUAUUUCGGUUGCUUUGACACUGCCAAGGAGUCCUUGCCUGAUCCAAAAAAUACCCCGGUGUACAUUUCAUUUUUGAUUGCUCAGACAGUAACAAUGGUGUCUGGUCUAGUGUCCUAUCCUUUAGAUACUGUCAGACGUAGGAUGAUGAUGCAGUCCGGCCUCAAGAAAUCUGAAGUCAUGUAUAAAAAUACUAUGGAUUGUUGGUACAAAAUUUUGAAAAAUGAAGGUCCGAGGGCAUUUUUCAAAGGAGCCCUCUCAAAUGUUUUCAGGGGAAUUGGAGCUGCCUUAGUUCUGGUGUUCUAUGAUGAAAUUAAAGCCGUUAUAUAAUUUAAAACUUUAGACUUCCUGAUCACGCCCAUUUUUGUUUUGUUUGUGCUUAUGGAAAAAAAUAUAAGGUAUAAUAAAUACUUAUAUAAACUUACUUACUAUUAAAAAAUACUAUCAAAGUAAAAAA